ACGCCUACUCCUGCCUGGGUCAGCAAAACGGCGUCUCUGACAAAGUCAUCACGUUCAAGAUGAGAGAGGACGCUGACGUGAGGCCCCGGCUGUUCUCCCGUACCGUGAAUGUGGGAGACGCAGUAACGUUAGAGAUGGUUCGGAACCCUGCCUCCAACAGGACUGGAGCCCUGGAGUGGAGGAAGGACGGAGUCGUUCUACAGGGUCAGACGGCUCUCACACUCAGCAUCAACAACGUCCAGUCUUCAGAUGAAGGGAUCUAUGAGUGCUACUAUGACGGGGCAUAUUCUGACAGGAAACAGGGCAUCAUGAGGCUCAUAGUUAGAGCCUGUACAGAUAACAAGUACGGAUCUGACUGUUCCAAUGACUGUCCUGACUGUUAUAACGGAGGGGUGUGUCAUGAUCAGACAGGCGAGUGUGUCUGUCCUCCGGGAUUCAGCGGAACUUACUGUGGGACAGCCUGUGCGUCCGGACGUUUCGGUAAGACGUGUAGGUUCAGCUGCAGUGGAGGCUGUCAGGGCCAGCUGAUGACGGUUCCGGAUCCGGUAGGGUGUACCUGUCCUCCUGGGCUCACCGGAAUGACGUGUCAAGACGCGUGUCCGGACGGUACGUAUGGCGCGAGCUGUACUCAAAACUGUCACUGUUUAUCCGGAAACUCAGCCUGUCACAAGGAAACAGGAGCGUGUACCGGCGGAUGUGCAGCAGGCUGGGAGGGAGACUCCUGUCAGAUAAGGCCUGCCACAGUAACACAACCUCCCAUGGAUCAAACAAUAAAUAUUGGUAGUCAAGCAACAUUCACCUGCAGCAGUACAGGUGUGCCAACACCUGCGAUCACCUGGUACAACGACAGCAGUGCUAUCACACCUGGAGGACAGAUCAGUGUGGUUAAAGUUACAGAAGUAGUGGACGGUGAAAACGUGGUGACCAGCACAUUAACCAUUACAUCUGUGGGUCGUGAGGACAACGGAGUGUACAAGUGUGCAUCAUCUAAUGCUAACGGGGUAUACAUGGACACGUCACAGGUGGCUAGACUUACAGUGCGAGAACGUCCGGACGAUGUAAAAGUUACUGUCACAGCCGUGAACUCUACAGCCCUACAAGUCACGUGGACGGUGGGCGUGACCGGAAACCUGGACAUCAUAGACUCCCAGGUCAGGUACAGGAGUUUCAUCGAUGGUGAAUGGACAACGUACACGCCGUGGAGAGCGACAGGAAUUUCUGGUACAAAUGGCACUGUUCGCAUCUCUGGUCUGUUACCCGCCGUGAGCUAUCAUGUACAAGUCACUGUGCGAAAUGCGCUGGGAUUGAGUACGCCGCCUUCAUGGGCCUGGGGCAUUACAAAUGAAGCACCACCGGGCCCUCCACACGGUUUGCAAGUCGCGCAGAUAUCUCACAACACCGUGCACCUGACUUGGCAGCCUUCGCUCAGAACCAACGGAGUCAUCCGCAGCUACACUGUCCAGUACGGGGAAUCGGUAGCGUGCGAAACACUAGAGUUUUCCCCAAAAGACGUUACCACGUCUGACAACAACAACAGCACCACUACCGUUAUCGGAGACCUGGUUCCGUACACAAACUACACAUUCCGGGUGCGGGGGGCGACAAGUGCAGGAGGAGGAGACUUCAGCCACUGUAACGUCACAAGGACACUGGAAUAUUACCCAACAGCCCCAGUUGUCCAGACGUUUGCAGACCAGCACGACUGUAACUGCCGGACGCCAAACAUCCCCCGGCCGGUCCAGCUGCGUGUAGCCUGGCGGCGCCCUGACCACAUCUACGGUCAGCUGCAGGCGUACCGAAUCAGCCUGUACAACAGAACCGGCGGGGAACCGUUCUACCAGGAGAACAUGACGUCAGGACUGCAGCAGGAGAACCUGACAGCUGUGGUCACAUCGUCACUCCUGCAACCUGCGAACAACUACUCUGUCACUGUAUCAGCCAUUAACACCGUCUACCUUGGGAGCGAGAGCCAUCCAUAUAUAGCCCGUGCGAGUGACGGAUACGAUUCUGAACCUGGCACCAGCUAUGCCCCGUUAGGUUUGGAUCAACAACAGUGGUCCAAGUCACUGGCUGAGCUUCCCGCCAACUCCUUGGUCCGAGUCACGGUCCGGGCGGUAACCUGUGCCGAAGGAGACAAGGGGGAGGAGGUCACUUGUCGGGUCUCAAGAGUUGGUGAGAAAUAG